AGCGCUGCUGUGUGUUAUGUGUGGUGUGUGGACUGAGCCCUGUAGUAUUGACAAUAGGGUAAAAGGAGAUCAUUCCCCUGGAAUUAAACAGACUAUUGAGAGAAAUAUAAACACGCAGAGGACGCAGAGGAGGUUUCGACAGAAGAAGGGCGACAUGUGUCUGUUUUAGCCGCGUGUUUUCGUUUUAAAUGCGUCCAUAUUUCAGCACUGAUGGGAUUAUUUCACUAGGAGGUGAAAAGCGAAGCUAGUGGUGGGAUUGGCUCGGUUUAAAGGCCAAGAUUAAGGCAUUUUUUCUCCCACUUUCUUGUUUUUUCUCACACUUGAAACGGGAUUGGGGGCAUAUUUGUGUUGGUAAGGAAGUGUGAAUACAGGAUCACUCACCAUCAUCACCAUCUUCGUUCUCAGAAACACAGAGGAUCAAGGGCUAUGUCCUCAGCAGCCACAACGCCUCCAUCAGUGGACAAAGUGGACGGGUUUUCCCGAAAAUCUGUCAGGAAGGCCAAGCAGAAGCGUUCCCAGAGUUCCUCUCAGUUUCGCUCUCAGGGCAAACCCAUUGAGCUCACCCCCCUCCCUCUGCUCAAAGACGUCCCUGCUCAGGAGCAGCCGGAUUUGUUCCUGAAGAAGCUGCAGCAGUGCUGCACGGUGUUCGAUUUCAUGGACACGCUUUCUGACCUGAAGAUGAAAGAGUACAAGCGGUCCACACUGAACGAGCUGGUGGACUAUGUCACGGUCAGCCGGGGCUACCUCACAGAGCAGGCCUACCCGGAGGUCGUCAAAAUGGUGUCCUACAACAUAUUCCGGACUCUUCCGCCCAGCGACAGCAACGAGUUUGACCCAGAGGAGGACGAGCCCACUUUAGAGGCCUCGUGGCCACACUUACAGCUGGUGUACGAGUUCUUUAUUCGUUUUUUGGAGAGUCAGGAGUUCCAGCCCAGCAUUGCCAAAAAGUACAUAGACCAGAAGUUUGUCUUACAGCUGCUGGAACUGUUUGACAGUGAGGACCCACGAGAGCGAGACUAUCUGAAGACAGUCUUACACAGAAUCUACGGCAAAUUCCUGGGGCUGAGGGCUUUUAUACGAAAACAAAUAAAUAAUAUUUUUCUACGUUUUGUUUAUGAAACUGAGCACUUCAACGGAGUAGCCGAGUUGUUGGAAAUUUUGGGAAGCAUUAUCAAUGGCUUUGCUUUACCUCUGAAGGCGGAGCAUAAGCAGUUCCUGGUGAAAGUGUUGAUUCCUCUCCACACAGUCAGGAGUCUCUCUCUCUUCCACGCACAGUUGGCGUAUUGUAUUGUACAGUUCCUAGAGAAAGACCCAACAUUAACAGAACCAGUCAUUAGAGGCCUUCUCAAGUUCUGGCCAAAGACGUGCAGUCAAAAAGAGGUGAUGUUCUUGGGGGAGCUGGAGGAGAUCUUGGAUGUGAUUGAGCCCACGCAGUUUGUGAAGAUCCAGGAGCCACUUUUCAAGCAGAUCUCCAGAUGCGUGUCCAGCCCACACUUUCAGGUGGCUGAGAGGGCUCUGUACUACUGGAAUAACGAGUACAUCAUGAGUCUUAUCGAAGAGAACUCCAACGUCAUUCUGCCCAUCAUGUUCGCCAGUCUGUACCGGAUUUCCAAAGAACACUGGAAUCCGGCGAUCGUAGCUUUAGUGUACAACGUUCUGAAAGCCUUCAUGGAAAUGAACAGCACUUUGUUUGAUGAACUCACUGCCACCUACAAAUCAGAUCGUCAGAGAGAGAAGAAGAAGGAGAAGGAACGGGAGGAGCUGUGGAAGAAGCUGGAGGACCUAGAGCUGAAGCGAGGCCUGCGGAGCGACGUCAUUAUUCCAACUUAACGAAGCGCUAGACGCCCUGGACCGCUUUCCCAACACCUCCGGAAAACACUCCCAGAAUGUUGGCCGGUGCCCCGCAGAGUCGCGUUUUUGGGGUUUUUGUUUUAUUAUAAUUAUUAUUAUUAUAUUAUUAUUAUUAAAUUUGUUUUCCUUUCUGUAUUGUGCGACUUACUUUACAGUAGAUUCCCAUCGUCUGUUUCAUUAUUUCAGCAGCACUGUAAAUAACUUUAUUUUUUUUCCUGCUAUUUUUUCCCUUGGAAAUAUUACACUGAAAAGAAAAUAAAAUAGGUUUAAAAAAGGACUGAAAAAGAGAAAAUACGUUUAAAAGCAGCCCCGCCCCCUCGCUGGAGCGGGAGGAAAAGGACUUGACCAGACAGUCGGACUUGAAAUGAACUGCUACUGUGGAGAUUAAAAAAAAAAAAACACACAAACACACACACCAACAAAAUCAGCAGCAAAUGAAGCUAGCCGGACCCUCCAACCAAGACAAAACGACUCGUUCCUGUUAACCUGGACAGUACACACACACACUCGUAUUGGCGCACUCUCACUUCACACACACUCAUUCUCUCUCCUUCUUACAUGUGCUUUCCUCUUCUUUUUUUUUAUCUGGCUUUCUCACAUUCAUUGCAUUUCUUUUUGUUCUCUCUUGCGCUCUCGCUCUUGUGCGCUUUCUCUUGCCCUGUCACACAUGCUCUUACUGAUCUGUUUUCUCCCUUGCACACUCCUCCCUCAGUUUGCAAUUUGAUUGUGCUCUCUCGCAUUCUCUGUCCUUCCUCAAUUUGCAAUUUGAUUGUGCUCUGCCAGACCCCCCUUCUCACUUGUACACACUUGCGCUCUCGCUCUCUUAUCUCCUUCCUCAGUUUGCAAUUAAAUUUAGCUCUCGCAGACUCUCGCUCUCUCGCACACACUUGUGCUCGCACUCUCGCAUUCUCUGCCCUUCCUCAAUUUGCAGUUUAAUUGUGUUCUCGUGCACACUUGCGUUCUCUUCUCUCCUCCCUCAGUUUGCAAUUUACUUGCUCUCUCGCAGACUCUUGCUCUCUCGUGCACACUCUCUCUUCUCUACUCCCUCAGUUUGCAAUUUAAUUGCGCUCUCUCGCAGACUCUUGCUUUUUUCAUGCUCUUUUCUCCUCCCUCAGUUUGCAAUUCGAUUGUGCUCUCGCACACACUUGUGCUCUCUCGCAUUCUCUGUCCUUCCUCAAUUUGCAGUUUAUUUGUGUUCUCGUGCACACUUGCGUUCUCUUCUCUCCUCCCUCAGUUUGCAAUUUAAUUGUGCUCUCUCGCUGAGUCUCGCUCUCUCGCAGACUCUUGCUUUCUCAUGCUCUUCUCUCCUCCCUCAGUUUGCAAAUAAAGCCUGAAUAGUUGUUCCAGAUACAGUAACCAGCAAGAAAAACACACACACAAAUACACACAAACACACACCAGCUCAGUGUUCUGUGUUUUAGAUCGAGUUUACCGUUGGGUUCUGCGGGUGCUGCCCGGAGUUUUUGAUCACCUCUGUCCUGGUUUGGUAUUCUGGACGUUCCUCUCUUCAGCACCAGUCUGGCACUGGUACCAGUAAAAUAACAGCUCACUAAUAAAACACACACACACACACACACACACACAAGACACCACUGCUGCACACACAGCCAUCUAACCAAACCGAGAUUCACACUGUUAAACGUCAUGGGCACGUAUAGAGUGCGCACACACACACAAACUUCAUGUCUGUGCGUGCGUGCGUGUGUGUGUGUGUGUCUGAGGGAGGAUCUUUAUAGUGUUAAUCUGUUCAUUCUAACUGAAUGCAGCACUCAGUUCUGUAUCUAGUAGAAACAGUAACUGUAUGGAUGAGCGUUAUAUAUAUUUAAAGUGUAUACACUCAAAUAUGCAGUCACUGAAUAGUCCUUAGCGUUAUAUAUAUUAUACAUUUAUUAUUAUUUUCUUCUUUAGGUUCUGUCACAGAGUAUCCAGUCUGUCGAGAGGUAUUACUGAACACCAUGUCUUGGUAUUUAAAUGCUGUUCUUUUCUUUUUUUUUCUCUUUCUUUUGGGUUUUUACUCCUUUUUUUGACCAUUUCUGAGUUAGUUUAUUUUUUAGUUGCAGAUGUUUUUUGGGGGUGGGUGGGUGGGAGUGCUGCAGUGAGCGAAGGUGAACUACUGGAGCGGGGGACUGUGGGAAUGUGGAGGAUCCGCCCUGCCGGAAUAAAAAAAAAAAAAGAAGAAAAAAGAAAAA